GUGUUUUUACGUAAUAUAAAAGCAUUUAUUAUUAUUAUUUGUAAAUCUCUGGUAUUGAACGUCAAAAUUAUUAAUUAAUUAAUUAAUUAUUAGUUGUUUUUUUCAUUUGUGAGACAAACGUGUAUCGCAUGACAUAUAAUUUAUUUGAACAAUGGAGACAAUAUCAAUGUUCAUCAAUGACUAUCAUCUUAACAACAAUAACAACAACCCGUCACCGGAGGACAAGUCGUUCCCAUUUAACGGCCAAAUGCGAGAUCAGGCCUACGAUAUCUGUAGGCGAUUCUUGAGUGGCGAAUGGAACCGCAUUUCCAGCGAUGAUAUGGUCUUCAAAACAGUCAGUGGAGGACUAAGUAAUUACCUGUACUACUGUUCAUUACCGUCAACGCACACACCACUCAAUGGUGAGCCCAGUCAAGUGCUUCUACGAAUGUAUGGCCAACUAUUGGAUGGGAACGAUACGAAGGUUACCGAUUCGGUGAUAACGAUGUUGUUAUCCGAGCGAAAUCUCGGGCCUAAACUGUACGGUAUAUUUCCCGGCGGACGACUAGAAGAAUACAUUCCUGCCCGAGCGAUGCAUUGUUCCGAACUUAAAGUUCCUAUUUAUGCCGAAGCAAUUGCCCGUAAGUUGGCCACUGUUCACGUACUUGACGUACCUAUCAAUAAGGCGCCGACGUGGCUGUUCGAUACGUUUGACCAGUGGUUACAUUCAGUGUUGAAUCCACCAGAAGAUUGUCAACAACAGAACCCCAACCUUAAAGUGGAACAACAGUUGUGUGCCUUUGACUUCACAACAGAGAUCAAGUGGUUGAAAGAGUUUCUGUUGAGUUGCAACUCUCCGACUGUCUUCGCACACAAUGAUCUUCAAGAAGGAAAUAUAUUACUCCCGGAAAAGUCUUCCGUUGAUAACUUUGACGACACUAUUGUGUUCAUUGACUUCGAGUUUUGUGCCUAUAAUUAUCGAGGCUUUGACUUAGGGAACCACUUCUGCGAACGAAUGUUCGACUAUUCCAAUCCUGACUUUCCUAACUACUACUCCUAUUUGGACGCCUAUCCCACUGAAGACGACCAAAGGUUAUUCAUGAAAGAGUACAUAAAGAGGUCAAAAGACUUGACACCGGGAAAAGAAACCGAAGAUGAGUUGAUGAAAGAGGCCAACUGUUUUACACUGGCAUCUCAUAUGUUAUGGACUUUAUGGAGUAUUAAUAACGCCCGCACCUCUAAAAUACAGUUUGGUUAUUGGGAAUAUGGAUUAACUCGAUUGACAGCUUACAAGAGUCACAAGAAACAGGUGCUCAGGAAAUACUGUUCAACACAUCAGACAUUGAAACCUUAGCUUAGUUUUGUUUAGACGAUUACGAGUAGAAAAUUGUUUAUAAAUAGUACAUAAAAUGUAUAAAAAUGUUAUCACUUGUUAUGAAUACCAUUGAAAUAAUUCUAGUUUUUUAAAUUGAAAAAAAAAUCAUUUGAUCAAACCAUCCAUUAGUUGUUUCUACAUAUUAUAGAAAUAAUUAUAUUUAAUUUUUUUCAAUAUAAAGUACUUAUUGAUUAUGAUAUAAAUAUUCUUAAAAUUUGAUGCAUAAUUAUCAUAACUAUAUUUUUAUGGUUACCGGUAGUAUAAUAUCAUAAAGAGACUUACAAUUCUAUAGUUGUUUACUUAAGAUAUUAUAAACAAUGAAGAAAUUGAGUAAAUGAGUUGAUAAGACUGAUAAUUGAUUUGACAAAAUUGUUAU